AACAAAUGAGUGGUACACAGACAAAUAAUGAAAUAACACUAUCUUCACAACCCUUCGAACCUGGAUCAAACAUGAAGAGAAGGAAGACGGGGCACGGUAAAAACCAAGUGGCCACUAGUUUCGAAGAAGAAUUAAAGACUUUGAAUGCUGACAUGGACAUCGACAUACAAAUUGAAAAUACACAAGCAAUUUGGAGUCGGCAAGCACCCCCCAAACUUGAUCCCUCUAAAGACAAUGUUGUUUUCCAACAAAUUGAAAUUGACGAAUACAUGGAUUAUAAUAUCAAUCAACCUGUUGUCAGGUUCUAUGGUAUUACUACUGGCGGAAACAGUGUUGUCUGUCACGUCAAAGACUUUCUGCCAUAUUUUUAUUUUCCUGCGCCUGUAGGCUUUCAACUUACCCAUCUUGAACCAUUUAAGAAAGCUUUGGAGUCCUCGUUGGGCCAAUUGAACAUCAUUAAUAAGGUAGAAAUGGUUAUGAAACAAAGUAUCUAUGGAUAUCAUGGUGACCAGAAAUCACCUUACAUUCGUAUUACGUUGCAAAAUCCCAGAGAUAUGUCAAAGUGCAGAAUGAAAGUUGAAACUGGUGUGCGUGUACCAGGGUUGAAUAAUAUCUGUCAGUCCGACACGACAUUUGAAAGCAACCUUGCCUAUAUCCUUCGUUUUAUGAUUGAUUGCAAAGUACCAGGUUCAAACUGGAUUGAGCUACCUGCCAAAACUUGGUCCUUUGUAAACAACGGAUCUUCUUUAGCUCAAAUUGAAGUGGAAACAAGAUUUGACAAGUUUAUUAGUCAUCUUCCAGAAGGUGUGUGGUCUGAUAUGGCUCCUUUGAGAAUCUUGAGUUUCGAUAUCGAAUGUGCUGGUCGAAAAGGUAUUUUCCCUGAACCCAAUGUUGAUCCCGUCAUUCAAAUUGCCUCUGUGGUUAAAGUACAAGGUCAAAAGAAACCAUUUGUCAGAAACGUAUUUACGCUUGAUACUUGUGCUCAUAUCGUUGGCUCCCAAGUCUUAUCCUUCACCAAUGAAUCAGAUCUCUUGCAAAAGUGGAGUGAUUUCGUCAGAGAAAUCGAUCCCGAUGUAAUUAUUGGUUACAAUACUACCAACUUCGAUUUUCCUUACUUACUUGACCGUGCAAAACAUUUGGGAGUCGCAAAAUUUCCGUUUCUUGGAAGAAUCAAAGGUAUAAGAACAGAGGCUAAAGAUACGAAAUUCACCUCUAAAGCAUUUGGUACUCGUGAAAACAAGUCUGUGAAUUUGGAGGGUCGCCUUCAACUGGAUCUCCUUACUGCUAUUCAACGUGAUUACAAACUUCGAUCAUAUACCCUUAACUCAGUUUCAGCAGAAUUCUUGGGCGAGCAAAAGGAAGAUGUACAUCAUUCAAUUAUUACAGAAUUGCAAAAUGGAAAUGAAGAAACACGUAGACGUCUUGCCGUAUAUUGUCUUAAAGAUGCAUUUUUACCCCUGCGCUUAAUGGAUAAACUUAUGCUACUGUUUAAUUAUACAGAAAUGGCGAGAGUAACUGGUGUUCCCUUUAAUUAUAUUUUGGUACGUGGCCAACAGAUCAAGGUCGUUUCUCAAUUAUAUCGUCGAGCUCUUGAACAAGAUUUGGUUAUUCCUGUUAUCAAAUCUGAAGUAAAUGAAGAACCUUAUGAAGGUGCUACCGUUAUUGAACCUGAAAGAGGUUACUAUGAUGUGCCUAUUUCAACACUUGAUUUCACUUCACUUUACCCUUCUAUUAUGCAAGCCCAUAAUUUAUGUUACACGACACUCCUAAAACCCGAGAUUAUCCAGAAAUUAAAUUUGGUCAAGGACGUAGACUACGAAAUUACACCCAACAACGACAUGUUUGUAAAAUCUACUCGCCGUAAGGGUUUAUUGCCUGAAAUUUUAGGUGAUCUCCUGGCUGCUCGUAAAAGAGCAAAGAAUGAUUUAAAAAAGGAAACAGAUCCUUUCAAACGAGCUGUUUUGGAUGGUCGUCAGUUGGCUCUAAAAAUCAGUGCAAACUCUGUGUAUGGUUUUACAGGUGCUACUGUUGGUAAAUUGCCGUGCUUACAAAUUUCUUCCAGCGUUACAGCGUAUGGUCGUGGUAUGAUUUUCACGACAAAGGAAACAAUCGAGGACCAUUUUACUAUCAAGAAUGGCUAUAAACAUGACGCCAAGGUUAUUUAUGGUGAUACUGAUUCUGUUAUGGUUAAGUUUGGCGUUGAUAAUUUAAAAGAAGCAAUGGCCCUUGGUCAAGAAGGUGCCAAAUUGGUUACUGAAAAGUUUAUUCGCCCUAUCAAUCUUGAUUUCGAAAAAGUAUACUUCCCAUAUUUAUUGAUUAACAAGAAGAGAUACGCCGGUCUUUAUUGGACUCGAGAAGACAAAUAUGAUAAGCUAGAUACAAAGGGUAUUGAGACUGUGCGACGUGACAAUUGCCGUCUUGUUCAAAAUGUCAUCUCUAAAUGCUUAGACAAGCUCUUAGUUGAGCGUGAUGUUGCUGGUGCUCAAGUAUUUGUCAAGCAAACCAUUUCUGAUUUGCUCCAAAAUAAAGUCGAUCUCUCGCAACUCGUUAUUACUAAGGCUUUGAGUAAGUCCGAUUACGCUAAUAAGCAGGCACACGUAGAACUAGCCGAAAGAAUGAAAAAGCGUGAUGCAGGUUCUGCUCCAGCACUUGGUGAUCGUGUGGCAUAUGUUAUUAUUAAGGCAGGUAACAAUACCCCAGCAUAUGAUAGAUCUGAAGAUCCCUUGUAUGUUUUGGACAAUAAUAUCCCAAUCGAUACGAAAUACUACCUCGAGAACCAGUUAUCGAAACCUCUUUUACGUAUCUUUGAGCCAAUUCUAGGUGAAGGAGCAGAAGGGUUAUUAAGUGGUGCUCAUACACGAACAGUAAAUAUUGCAACUCCUACCAUUGGUGGUCUUAUGAAAUUUGCUGUAAAAACAGCUACGUGUCUUGGUUGCAAAGCACCUUUGCCUAGAGGUGACGAAUCUGCUGCUUGUAAGCAAUGCUCUGAUCGCUUACCCGAACUUUAUCAACACCAAGUCGAAAAUGUAAACAAUCUUCAAAUCAAGUUCAGUAGGCUUUGGACUCAAUGUCAACGUUGUCAAGAGUCUUUACAUCAAGAUGUUAUCUGCUCAAAUAACGAUUGCACCAUUUUUUACAUGCGUAAAAAAGCUCAGAAGGAUUUGGAUGACGCCUCCGGACGCUUGGAUAGGUUCGAUUACGAAUGGUAAUCUGUCCACAUUGUAUAAUUUCAUUUUUAAAAUACUCGUUCAUCCA